CCAUACCAGGUAUUUAAACGCAGUAUGCAAGCAGACGCUUUCUAGAUACAUUUAUUCUUUACUAGAGAACUCUCUCCGAACAGCAACAUGGCUUUUUCAGUUCAAAACUCCAGCACCAAAGCCUUCAGUGUGUAUGGAGGGACCGGGGGCCAAGGAACAUAUAUCUCACCUUUUAAGCCUCGUUUGUUUUGUGGAACUCAGCCACCUUAUAAUCCUUUCGAUGACCAGAUUUUUUACAUCUCAGGCAACGAAAAAUCCAUCAUGAAGAACCUAAAUGAUCGCCUGGCAUCCUUUCUACAGAAGGUGCACUCACUGCAGAGUAAAAAUGCUGAACUGGAGAAGAAGAUUAUGGAGUGGUGUACAAGCCAGACUGUGGUGUCCCAUGAUUACUCAGGAUAUUUGGCUACCAUUAAAAGCCUACAAGACCAGAUUCAGCAGAUCACCAAGUCCAAUUGUGCGUCUGAAAUCUGUAUUAAAAACACCACUUUGGCGGCAAAUGAUAUCAGAAACAAGUACGAGUUUGAGCAAUACAUCCGUAUGUCUGUAGAGAAGGACUCUGCUCACAGCAGGAAGAUAAUGGAUGAGAUCACCCUGGCUCGCUCAGUUCUCGAACAGGAGUAUGAAAGUAUGAGGGAAGAGCGGAUCAAACUUGAGAUGAGCCAUGAAGAGGAGAUAGUUCAGAUCCAUGAACAGGCUGGAGGCCAAGUGGAAGUUUCUGUAGAUGCAGCACCAUCUACUGACCUAAGCGAGACUUUGAUGAAGAUUCGGGAACAAUAUGAGGCUGCAGCUGACAAGCAUCAGAAUGACCUAGAGGCAUGGUACGAAAGAAAGAUUUCUACAAUUGAAAGAAAACGCAUGGUAGAGACGGAGGAUCUGGAGCACGUCAAUACAGAACUCAGACAGUUGAACAGCUAUUUCCACAGACUGCAGAUUCAACUUGAGACCCAACACAGUAUGCGGAUGUCCCUUAAGGAAAGUCUACAGGACACGGCGACUCAAUACGAGAAAAGAGCGGAGCUCAAUAAAAUCCUCGCCGAGAAAUCUCCCCAGCUCCAGCAGAUACGUGAGAACAUAACGCAAACCAAACAGGAAUACGAUGUGUUGUUGGAGGUGCACAACAACCUGGAGACUGAGAUCAAUGAGUAUAGGUUACUGCUGGAGGCAAAGGGCAGCGAUGCCAAAGUCACUCUAAAGAAGAUUGCUGUGAUAAAGGUGGUGGAAAGCUGCGAGACACUGACACAAAAUUAGUGACGAUUCACAAACACACAUUAAUUAAGCCGGUUCUUUUACCCUAACCUAAUAAAGGUCUUGUCUGCAGAGCUCAGACCAUGGACCGAAUGCAUACAUAAAAAAUACUUGAAAGUGGCUCAUAACUUAAAUCGCUUUGUUAGCCGACUAGCUAAGUCUGUUGGCUAACACAUAAGCUAAACUGUAUAACAGGAUUUCAUGAUAUUCAGUAAUGGUCAUAGAUAUUCAGAAUCAUCAUUGCUAGUGUUUGAUAGAUGGGAAACAUGAGGACCUGAGAAACCCAUGUGUACUAUUACAGACACAUCUACUGCCACAGACCUGGAGUCUGCAGACAAGUCAUUAGUCCUACUCAACCUUUUAGCUAAUAUCAAACAAAUGCCAACUGGGAUCUGCAGAUACACAGUGUCUGAAAAAGGAAAUCUGUUUAGUCUGUAACCUUUUACUGUCCUUAUGGUUCAAGUCUUUGUCACAUGUCUCAACAUUUUCCCAGAAUUGUGCAUGGUUUUUCUUUAGGCUAAUCAGGGUUAUUGUAUAUUGGUGGUGAGACCUUUACAAUCAAGUUGGUGUAAUAUUUUAUUUAUGCAGGUCUACAGCCUGUCCAGCAUAAAUACUCAAAGUGUAUUUGGUUAAAAAAAAUCCAGGAGACCAUCAUCUCUUCUCAAAGAGCAUGCACACCUAAUCAUAAUGCCUAGAUUUAAUAUCAUCGAUUUAUACUUCUGUUCCUCACACCAAUCAAAGACAGAUAUUGUAAUAACAUCUGCAUAUACCAGCAUUAUGAUACUAUUACUUCUAUUUGUUUUGCUAUUUUUUCCUCAUAUGUAUGAACCAUACAGUAUAUUACUAUAUAUAAGACAGUAAAAUAAUACUUAUUAACAAAUAAAUACACUGUGAACCUUUGAAGUUCAAUAAAAAACCAUGACACCAAAUUAGCUUUGUGCACUGUUUCUUUUGCAAACAAACAGUUUACAUUGUUAUUAAGCAAAUAUUCAAAAUAAACAAGAACUGCCAGUAAAACCUGGUCAUCAACAACCAUGAAUGCAGCCUCCAGAGACUCGUCCUGCUGACGCUUCUCUGGUAUUGCACAAGGAUGUGUAAAAAAAAAAACACAAACCAACCAUACACAUUAACUCUUUGUGGGCAUUACUCCCAAAUACUGGGCUGCUACGGUCUGCUAAUUUUAAAUGAAAUUUUUUUUAAUUGCUUAAGUUGAACAAAUAACAAUAAAAUCCUGAGUCAUAGUGACAAUGCAUGUCAUAAGUAACUUUUCAGAAUAUAUGG